GUCUGAAGUGUUUGAGUCGUUAACACAAGCUGUCGGCAGCUUAGUUCCACAGAAACAGCAGAAAGCUGGCGCUCCACGCUUCAUUUUAACUCAGUUUAACUGAGUUUAACUGGAAACCCGGGACGAAGGAGGCCAAACAGCCGCCAUUAAUGUUACAAAUCUCCGCCAUGUUGUGUCGGUGUCUGGGAGUGUAAGCGGCGGAAUAAGAGCAGCAGCAGAGUCAGCGGAUCCUCAGCAGCUGGACACAGAGUCGUUAUUACUGUGUAGCUCCACUGACUGAUGGCUGAAGGCAGCUUUUCCUGCCUGAAUCAGCCUGUGGAGGAGGCGGAGACGAGCCGCUGCUCUCCCGCUGUCUGAGCCACUAAAUGCGGCCUCGCUCGGCCGGACAGCCGCUGGAGAACAGCUGUUUGUGUCGUUAUAUUUCCACCACAGGACUGAUGUGCAGACAGCAGGAAGGAGCAUUCAGAGGGCACAGGAGCUCACAAGCUUUGCUUUUUAUUAAACAAAUACAUUAUAAAACUAUAAUUAAUGAAUAAUCAAUUCAUUAUAAAUGAUGUCAGUUUGAACUUAAACGUGAUCAAUAAUCAAAUCAAAGAGAUUUCCUUUAAAUGAAUGUUGUAAUAUUUUCUGGAAGGGCUUCAUUGAGCCUGCCAGUCUUUUAUUUUGGAAGGAUCUGUGUGCGCGUGUGACCUCCAGUCGUUGAAAGUAACUGAGUACAUUUCAGUACAAUCUUGAAGUACUUGUACUUUCCUUGAAUAUUUCUGCUGCUUUAUACUUCUGCUCUGUAUCUGCCUAUAUUUGACUGUUUACUUCACUACGUGUUAUUACUUUUCAGAUUCAGAUUCACUAUUAAACAUUAAACUUCCUCAAAGUGUAUAAAACAGUUCAAAGUGGCUCCACCUCAGCCAGCUACAACACAGAGUUGUAGUUACACAUCAGUGACACAAUAAUAAAGUAAUAAUAUAACAGUGACAGCAGCCGUUCAGAUACACUUUGGUCUCAGAGAUGAAGUAGAAUAUUUAUUGCUGCCACAUUAGUUUGUCUGAAGUUCAGGUUCGCCUCUGUGGACUUUGGGCUCCUUAUCAAGGUUGAAGGUUCAGCUUUAUUGUCUUUAUACAACACAGGAUGGCACAAUACAAUACAGCUGUAGCUCCUCCACACUGCACACACAGAACAGGUCUGAACAAAUAUUCACAAUAUUUUAAAUGAGAACGAAACGAAACAGAACAAAGUGUAUAAAAGUAUCACUAAAGGAAGAAAUCAAACGGAAACUAAAUGAAUACGAAGACCAACAUAACAGAAUAACUCUCAGAAGCAGUUUAAUGUACAGAACAGUGUGCGGCCUCCAACAUGUAGAGCUGAGGUCCAUUACAAUCAUUUGACACUUUGCGUCAAACGCACUCGGACGAGUUUAAUAACAAUCAUUCAGGCGUAACUGAAGGUUUUAGUUUUGAAUUGACUGAAUAUUAAAGAAACUGAAGCUUCCCGUCAAAUUCAAUCAGCGUGUCAGUGAAGGUAAAUCUGCACUUCACUGCAGCUUCAUGACGCCAUCUAGUGGCCUGAUAGUAGAAGUCCAGCAGCUGAUGGCAGCUUCCUCUGCCUCACUGCUGUCUGACUGCAUUCAGCUGACACUGAUAUGAAACAGAAAGUAACAGCCAAUCACUGGAGGAGCAGCUGAUCUUCUUACAGGAGAAAUGAUGGAAAGGAGGAUUUCAGUUGAUGUGCAGAUGAAGGAUUUGUGUUUCCUCUCCAGAUCAAAGUGUGUGUGAGCUGAUGUGGAUGUGAGUUCAGCAGCAUGAAUCAGUGUGAGGACAGAGAGGAGGGAGCCCCUCCCUCUAAAACCAGUCUGUGUGGGGAACAUGGCAGCCAGACCAGAGCUCAGAGGCCAGAGCAGCAGAGACCAGACUCUGCUGGACCUGGACCUGGACCUGAGUCUGAACCUGGACCUGAGCCCAGCUGUGUGUCCUUCAGGAGCGACCGGUCAAAUGAUCGCUUCAUUGAUUUUAAACGACUACAACUCUCUGGGGCAAAGAGAGUCGACCAGGAGAGCUCAGAGGUUCCCAGUGGUCAGUCUGCCCAGCAGCAUCAAACACACCUGGACUCCAUAUUUAUGCUGCUGGAGGAGAACAUUGUCACUUUUGUGAAGAACGAGCUGAAGAAGAUGCAGAAGGUUCUGAGUUCAGAUUACCCAGAAUGCUUAGAGAGUCAGAGGGAAUAUGAGGAGGUGUUGGUCGGUGAGGAGGAAGAGCAGAGGAGGAGCACAGAGUCAUUUCUGAAGAUCACACUGCACUUCCUGAGGAGAAUGAAGCAGGAGGAGCUGGCUGACUGUCUGCAGAGCAGAAGUCAUUCUGGAGUUUGUCAGCGUAAACUUAAAUCUAACCUGAAGCAGAAGUUCCAGUGUGUGUUUGAGGGGAUCGCUAAAGCAGGAAACCCAACCCUUCUGAACCAGAUCUACACAGAGCUCUACAUCACAGAGGGAGGGACUGCAGAGGUCAACGAUGAACAUGAGAUCAGACAGAUUGAAACAGCAUCCAGGAAACCAGACGGACCAGAAACAACAAUCAGACAAGAAGACAUCUUUAAACCCUCACCUGGAAGAGAUGAACCAAUCAGAACGGUGAUGACAAAGGGAGUGGCUGGCAUUGGGAAAACAGUCCUAACACAGAAGUUCACUCUGGACUGGGCUGAAGACAAAGCCAACCAGGACAUACACUUCACAUUUCCAUUCACUUUCAGAGAGCUGAAUGUGCUGAAAGAGGAAAAGUACAGCUUGGUGGAACUUGUUCAUCACUUCUUUACUGAAACCAAAGAAGCAGGAAUCUGCAGGUUUGAAGAGUUCCAGGUUGUGUUCAUCUUUGACGGUCUGGAUGAGUGUCGACUUCCUCUGGACUUCCAGAGGAAUGAGGUCCUGACUGAUGUUACAAAGUCCACCUCAGUGGAUGUGCUGCUGACAAACCUCAUCAGGGGGAACCUGCUUCCCUCUGCUCGCCUCUGGAUAACCACACGACCUGCAGCAGCCAAUCAGAUCCCUCCUGGGUGUGUUGACAUGGUGACAGAGGUCAGAGGGUUCACUGAGCCACAGAAGGAGGAGUACUUCAGGAAGAGAUUCAGAGAUGAGGAGCAGGCCAGCAGAAUCAUCUCCCACAUCAAGAAAUCACGAAGCCUCCACAUCAUGUGCCACAUCCCAGUCUUCUGCUGGAUCACUGCUACAGUUCUGGAGGAGGUGUUGAAGACCAGAGAGGGAGGAGAGCUGCCCAAGACCCUGACUGAGAUGUACAUCCACUUCCUGGUGGUUCAGUCCAAACUGAAGAUCAUCAAGUAUGAUGGAGGAGCUGAGACAGAUCCACACUGGAAUAAAAAGAGCAGGAAGAUGAUUAAGUCUCUGGGAAAACUGGCUUUUGAGCAGCUGCAGAAAGGCAACCUGAUCUUCUAUGAAUCAGACCUGACAGAGUUUGGCAUCGAUAUCAGAGCAGCCUCAGUGUACUCAGGAGUGUUUACACAGAUCUUUAGAGAGGAGAGAGGGCUGUACCAGAACAAGGUGUUCUGUUUCGUCCAUCUGAGCGUUCAGGAGUUUCUGGCUGCUCUUCAUGUCCAUCUGACCUUCAUCAACUCUUGUGUCAAUCUGCUGUCAGAAGACCAAAAGAGCUCCUGGUGGUCUAAAACAAGAAAACAAAGACCUGCAAUGACACAGUUCUACCUGUGUGUUGUGGACCAGGCCUUACAGAGUCCAAAUGGACACUUGGAUUUGUUCCUCCGCUUCCUCCUGGGACUUUCACUGCAGACCAAUCAGACUCUCCUACGAGGCCUGCUCACACAGACAGGAAGUGGCUCAAAAACCAAUCAGGUAAUGGUUAAGUACAUCAAGAAGAAGAUCAAAGAGACUCCCUCUGCAGAGAAAAGCAUCAAUCUGUUCCACUGUCUGAAUGAACUGAAUGAUCGUUCUCUAGUGGAUCAGAUCCAACAGUCCCUGAGUUCAGGAAGACUCUCCACAGAUGAACUGUCUCCUGCUCAGUGGUCAGCUCUGGUCUUCAUCUUACUGUCAUCAGGAAAAGAUCUGGACGUGUUUGACCUGAAGAAAUACUCUGCUUCAGAGGAGGCUCUUCUGAGGCUGCUGCCAGUGGUCAAAGCCUCCAACAAAGCUCUACUGAGUGGCUGUAACCUCUCAGAGAGAAGCUGUGAAGCUCUGUCCUCAGUUCUCAGCUCCCAGUCCUCUAGUCUGGGAGAGCUGGACCUGAGUAACAACAACCUGCAGGAUUCAGGAGUGAAGCUGCUGACAGCUGGACUGGAGAGUCCACAUUGUAAACUGGAAACUCUCAGGCUGUCAGGCUGUCUGAUCACAGAGGAAGGCUGUGCUUCUCUGGCCUCAGCUCUGAGCUCCAACCCCUCCCAUCUGAGAGAGCUGGACCUGAGCUACAAUCAUCCAGGAGACUCAGGAGUGAAGCUGCUGUCUGCUGGACUGAAGGAUCCAUACUGGAGACUGGACACUCUCAGGGUGGAGCCCGGUGGAGUCCGAUGGCUGAGACCAGGUCUGAGGAAGUAUUCCUGUGAACUCACACUCGACACAAACACAGUGAACAGAAAGAUCAAACUGUCUGACGACAACAGGAAGGCGACACGUGUGAUGGAGGAGGAUCAGCCAUAUCCUGAUCAUCCAGACAGGUUUGACUGCUGGCCUCAGCUGCUGUGUAGAAAUGGUCUGACUGGUCGCUGUUACUGGGAGGUCGAGUGGAGAGGAGAUGUUGAUAUAUCAGUGAGUUACAGAGGAAUCAGAAGGAGAGGACGCAGUGAAGACUGUGUGUUUGGAGAGAAUGAUCAGUCCUGGAGUCUUUUCUGCUGUGAUGAUGAUAGUUACGCUGUCUGGCACAAUAACAGAGAAACACCCAUCUCCUCCUCCUCCUCCUCCUCCUCCUCCUCCUCCUCCUCUCCUCCCUCCUCUCUCUGUCUCAACAGAGCAGCAGUGUAUGUGGACUGUCCUGCUGGCACUCUGUCCUUCUACAGAGUCUCCUCUGACACACUGAUCCACCUCCACACCUUCAACACCACAUUCACUGAACCUCUUUAUCCUGGCUUUGGGUUCUUGGUCCUGGUCUGGUUCCUCAGUGUCUCUGUGUUCUCUGUAGGAGGGAGAGUCUCCUCCUGUUAGAGAAACACAUCAGUUGAGUCUGUACAGGAUCACAGCUACAGAAAUCUUUCAGGUUAUUGUCAUAAAUUCAUCAAUGAACUCAAAGUGAUUUUCAAAGCUUCUCCAUCUAACAGCUGUAAAUAAAGCCCAACAUUUUCAUGCUCA